AUGGAAGUGCCCAUCAAGAAAGCCCUCACAUUCUCCGACAUCGAUAUCACCCACCCAUUCCUCACAUUGUCCAGACAGCAAGUUGAGGCCAAUAUCGUGGUCCACAUGACACCUCAGCAGCAGGACCACCUAAGAGCCGAGGGCCAGGUCAGCUUCGAUGCCCAUGACGAUGACACAAACGAAAUCUCCUCCAUGAAGCUCAAAUGGCGCGGGAGCUACUACAACCUCAUCGGCAAGUGGGGCAAAGUCGUUCGCACCAAGCGACUCGAGGUCGGGCAGGAAAUCAAACUACGGUGGCAAUAA